AUGAUAUGCGGCGAUGCCGGAUCACCCAGGGUCAUCCGUUUUGGAGAAAAGGGGUUUGUCUGGGUUGAUGUCGAAGCUGUUGGUAACCCUGCUCACGGAGCACAUGUCCAUCGAGGUGUGAAUGCCAUCGAUCGUCUCCGAAAGGCACUGGAUGCAGUUUAUGAGCUUGAAAAGUUCCCAAUUAAUGCACCACCGGAGGUAUCAGAUGCCAUCGAUGCUGCAAGGGAUAUAUCCGAAGCGCUUUCUGGGGCCGGUGAAUCAGAUACUUUGCAGCGUAUCACCGUGAACACAGGCACAAUCAAGGGAGGCGUAUCCCCGAAUCUAAUCCCGAACUCUGCAAUGGCCCAAUGUGAUAUCCGUAUACCAGUGGGUGUAUCGACGGACUUUAUAGAAAAAAGAUUGAAGGACAUGCUUGAGCCGAUGGCAGGAAUGUCCUGGCGUAUUCUACGGACAUCCGAGCCAAACUAUACAUCUCCGAACGAGAAGAUAUGUCGAUUAGCUGAAAUGGUAUCAACAGAAGUCCUAGGUUAG